AUGAUAACCACAGGCCUUAUUCAGUACCCGCCCUCAGCAAGCAAACUUGUUGCAUCAUUUGCCUUGAGUAACUUCUCAGGCACAACUUCUACUGCUCGUUCAAUUGCCGAGCGGGUCAGGGGUCGAAAUUCUUACACUUGGAACACUAUCAUCAGAGGUUUUUUGGAGGAAAAUAAACCUGAAGAUGCGUUUUCGGUUUACUCUUAUGUGAGAAAAAAAGCCUUGCCUGUUGAUAGUUACACCCUCAUGUUUGUUACCAAAGCGUGUGGGUUAAUUACAUUGAGUCUUGGAGAGCAGGUGCACGCUCAAAUUUGCAAAAUGGGAUUUGUGUUUGAGAUUAUAAUUCAAACUGCUUUGCUUGGAUUGUAUGCUUUGUUUGGUGUGCUUAGUGAUAUGCAACAAAUGUUCGAUGAAAUGCCGCACAGAGACAUAGUUACUUGGAAUGCACUUAUCGCUGCUUAUGCGCAACAUGGCUCUCAUUUUAAGGUGCUUGAAUUAUUACGUGCCAUGAUGAACGAUAGUUUGGGGCCAAAUGAAAAGACCGUUGUGAGCAUUCUUUCUGCUUUCUCGUCUUUGAAAGGUUUAAGGGAGGGUAAAGUUGUUCAUUGUUAUGUGGUCAAGAGCAUUGUUAAUUUAGAUGUUUUCGUGUACAAUGCUUUAAUUGGCAUGUAUUCAAAAUGUGGGAAUUUGCCAUGUGCUCUGCGGAUUUUUCAACUGAUGCCAGUAAGGAAUGUGGUUUCUUGGACCUUGAUGAUCAAUGGUUGUUGUGAUAACAAUUUUCCCAACGAGGGACUAGAUUUGUUCAAAGAAAUGGAGUGUGAAAAUGUGAAACCAGAUGCAAUCACCAUGAUAAGUGUCGUUUCAAUGUGUUCAAAAUUGGGGAGUUUCGAGCUUGGAGAGUGGAUUGACCAGUAUGUUGAGAAGAGUGGAUUAGCAAACGAGAGUGUUUCUUUAGCAAAUGCACUUAUUGACAUGCAUGCCAAAUGUGGUAAUAUCAAGAAAGCUUGUCAAGUUUUUGAUGGGAUUGUGGAGAAAACUCUAGUUUCUUGGAAUAGUAUUAUACAUGGACUAGCAGUUCACGGGCAAGGAAUUUCAGCUCUGGUUCGGUUCUCCCAAAUGCUAAGGGAAGGGUUUGAACCAGAUGACAUUGUCUUCUUGAGCAUCUUAUCUGCGUGCAGCCAUGCAGGAUUGGUUGAUGAGGGACAAAAAUGCUUCCAUUCAAUGAUAAAAGAUUAUCAUUUAGAACCAUGGCUGGAGCACUAUGCUUGCAUGGUGGAUCUUUUAUGCAGAGCUGGCUUGAUUAACGAGGCUUUUGAAUUCAUAGUUAAUAUGCCAGUUAACCCAAAUACAAUUAUGCUGCGAAUUUUGCUGAAGGCAUGUCAAAAUCAUGGGGAUAUCGUUAUUGCUAAUCAAGUUAUGAACUAUCUGUAUGAACUGGGUCCAAAGAGUAAAGAGGACUACUUAGUUUUAUCGAAUUUCUAUGCCACCGUCUCCAAAUGGGAUGUUGUUGAUGAAGUUAGGAAAGAGAUGAAGGUCAAGGGAUUAGCCAUCCGAGAUCCUGGUUGUAGUUCUAUUGAGCUAAAGGAGGAAAUUGGCUGA